AUGGAAGCUAUUUACUCUCAGCUCACUGAGCGCGCUCGGAGGCUCCUCGCCAGCAAGCAACACUGCCAUCCGGCGGAACGCACCCUGAUCCUCAUCGCAGGCCCGCCGGGUUCUGGAAAAUCUACCGUUGCCGACCAGGUCGUCCGCCGCCUCAACACUGUUUCCGCACCGCCUUCGCCAGCUCCGACUUCGCGUGGCAGUGAAGCCACACCUCUAGCAGUCGUCGUGCGCAUGGACGGAUACCAUUUCACGCGUGCACAGCUGAACACCUUCCACAACGCCAGGGAAGCACAUGCCAGGCGCGGCGCAGCGUGGACCUUUGACGCUGCGGCCGUGCUGGGACUUUUCGAACAGCUCGGCAGUUCCCUACAUUCGGAAAAUUGUCAUGGGGCAGUCAUUAGGUCCGACAAUGCUGAUAUUUAUGUCCCCACCUUCGACCACGCGAUCAAAGACCCGGUAGCCGACGGUGCUGUCAUCUGUAGGGACACGGCGCUCGUGAUAAUGGAAGGUAAUUGGUUGCUCUACGAUGAGGAACCGUGGCGGCAAUUCAGCACGCUCGUAGACGAGAGCUGGUUCAUUGAUGUUGAUGCAAAUGUCGCGAGGAGGCGGAUUGCACAAAGGCACUUGGAGAGCGGUAUUGAGUCGACUUUGGAGGCGGCCUUGGCGAGGGUGGACAGCAACGAUUUGCCCAACGGCGAGGAAGUGAGGACAAAGCUUGUCACACCGACCGUUAGGGUGUUAAGUGUGGACGAGAGCUCGUAA